AUGAAGGAAGAGAGGAAGACAGACCUACCUAAAUACCUAACGCCUGAUUUGAAGGGAGAGAGGAAGGAAGGCAAACACCUGACUAACAACCUACCGACCCACAGAAAGGAAGACACCUGCCUUCCAACCUACCGACCCACAAGAAGGCAGACACCUGCCUUCCAACCUACCGGCCCACAGGAAGGCAGACACCUGCCUAACAACCUACCGGCCCACAGGAAGGAAGGCAAACACCUGCCUAACAACCUACCGACCCACAGGAAGGCAAACACCUGCCUAACAACCUACCGACCCACAGAAAGGAAGACACCUGCCUUCCAACCUACCGACCCACAAGAAGGCAGACACCUGCCUUCCAACCUACCGACCCACAGGAAGGCAGACACCUGCCUUCCAACCUACCGGCCCACAGGAAGGCAGACACCUGCCUUCCAACCUACCGGCCCACAGGAAGGCAGACACCUGCCUUCCAACCUACCGGCCCACAUGAAGGCAGACACCUGCCUUCCAACCUACCGGCCCACUGGAAGGCAGACACCUGCCUUCCAACCUACCGGCCCACUGGAAGGCAGACACCUGCCUUACAGCCUACCGGCCCACAGGAAGUCAGACACCUGCCUUACAACCUACCGGCCCACAUGA